UUUCCAUACUGUUGUUUGUGUCAAACUUUUGCUUCCAUUCUCGUUCCCAAAAGGCAAACCAAACGAGUUUCAGAAAAUCUUUUAGCUAAACUAACCAAUUGCGACCCAACUGUUUGUGCCAGUUUCCUCUUCGUGGGUCGGUGGUGGACAGUGCAAUCGCCAUGAGUGAUGACGCAAUGAAUAGCACUCUGAGUUACUACACUCUGCAACCGUCGUCGAGUCAGCUGCUAGCCAGCAUUCCGGCUGAUCAUGAAGUCACGGUGAAGCGCGAAUCCGUUGCCGUAGCGAAUCGUUGUUUCGUUCGCGACAAUCGAAUGCUGCUAAUCUACGAGCUGAAUGGGGACAAGUGGACGCAAGUCCACAAGGAACCAGAGCUCUUCUCGUUCGCGUAUGCUACGGAAAACUAUCCCUGGGAAGUGUAUGAUGGUGGAUUGCUGGUUGUUCGAAAGAUCGAGGGUGUCGUCGUGUACCGAUGGGCCAACGGUAAGCUCGAGCAAGUGCUGGUAAUUUCCGAGUAUCACGAUGCGUACGGGUACGAUGCACUGGACAGCAGCGUAGUCUUGGGAAAGUUUUUUGUGUCCGACAAGUAUAUUGGAGUCGUUUCUCGUUUACAAUCCACCGUCCAGUUUCGUUCGAUUGAUCUAACGAACGUAGGGAAGCCGCUCCAAGCUUUACUUCACCCUCCGAAACUGGGCGUCGAGUGGACGAAACCCUCAUCACGCAUCACACUGAUCGAGCAUGUUGACGAUAAGCCCCAACUGACAAUCGCGCUGCGUACGGAGUCUGAAUUGCAGCUGUUCCGUUUCAACGAGCAGUACGAACUGAAGCUUCUGACCACGGUGCUGGAGUUUCCGCCGAUUAGCCAGGACUACGAUCGGAUCGUUUUCGCCAAGUUCGAUAAUACCAAGUACAAUGAUCUGUUGCACUUUUCCAACGACGGUCUGAUGAUGUACCGCUACAAUGAGACCAUGAGCAGCUUCGAGAAGGUGUACUAUUCGACGGUAUUCUCUAAGCUGCGCGGAUGGACCGAUCAAACGGUGAAAACGAUCUCGACUAUCGACGUCGACGGCGAUGGAAUGGAUGAGCUGUUUGCUUCUGGCCCGCUAGGACUGUGUCUGUAUAUGCCCACAUUCACGAACGAUGGUUUCGAGCUGGCCAACGUGUUUAACCCGUCAAUCACUGAUCUCUCGCUUCGUUACGGGCUUCCAAAGCUCGCCGCGAAGGCAGUGGGUAACGCUAACGGGCACAACGUUUUGCUGUACACCGGCGAGCAGUUGCUUAACGUGAAAGUUCAUUCCUACCAACCAGAGACAACCGUAAUACCGACCAGUGAAGUAAAUCCCGCCGUCACACCGUCACCGGCUGUUCCUCUGUUGGUACCACAGAGUAAGUACUUCCUCUGGCUCCAUGAUCAAAUGGAUCUGACGACCAUUCUGCAACCGUUGAACCCACACGCUGGCACGGUGGAGCUAUCGAUUCCGCUCAUCGAGCUGCAAAAUCCGUUCGGUGUAAGCGUCCGCAAGACGGUGCAGUACAAGAACAUACCUUACGAGGGAGUUCUGGGUAAGGGAUGGUCACUCCCGCUCGACUACAUUACCGUCGAGCGGAAGGGUAGCGCUUUCCGUCAGGAUUAUCAGUACGCCAUCGUGAAGAACAACAAUCGGAUUCUGUUGCGUGCGCGCCCCGAGUGGGACAUGGCCUGGAGACGGUACUUCCAGGUGGACGGUUACCGGCACGCACGGAUCUUCUAUCACGAGAAACAGAACCGCUGGGAGGUGAUGAUGCAAGACCGCACGUUCGUGUACGGUACGUGGGAAAAGUUUAAAACCUUCAGCCAGGAGAUGGUUUGCAGCACUUGGCCACUGUGCGGACCGAAAUCGAACAAGACCCAACAUUUGCCGACCAAGUGGUACCUGGUGCACGAGCAGAACGAGGCCGGCCAUCACGCCAACUAUUACUACGAUCCGCUGGAUGGUGGUCUCCGCUAUCGGUUGGCUAGUAUCCGCUUGGACAAUGAGCACUCGGUGACGCUGAAAUACGGCCAGGACGGGCGACUGUCCAACUUUGCCCUCUCGACAUCGGCUUACGAUCAGCGGGUGGCCUUCGGGUAUGAGGGUAACCGAUUGACGAGCAUCAAACAGGAAGAUAAACCACUGUUUGCGUUCGAGUACAAGAAUGAGCGUAUAGCCAAGAUCACGUACCCGAAUGGUUUGCAAUCGAGCCUGGAGUACGAGGACAUUAUCAUCGAUCGCACGCGCUCCGAGGAGGUUGUGUCGGUGGAUGAGAAUCCGACGAUCUACUAUGGGCCCGAUUAUACCGCCAUCCUGUGCAACAGUGACGAAGGUGGCACCGAUCAUAAGGUGUUGACGGUGCGCACACUGCUCGGUGGCACCGAUAGCGAGAAGGUGAUGGUGGAGAAGCUGCACCUCGGUAAACCGAACAUCAAGAACCAAAUGGUGCACGCACUGGAAAAUCUGCUAGUCGUUGUGUUGAUCUAUGAAACGCACAAAGACGUCACGGUGCUACAGCACGUGAAGGGCAAAUGGACGGAGAAGAAGCGUUACGAUGCGUUCCCACUGCUCGGAACGAUCGGUGCCGGUAAGCGGUUCGUGGUGCUUUACGAUCUCAAAACCAUCCAAGCGCUCACGAUCAAAGGACAACGGGGCCAGCUGGACGUUAAUACCGUGCACACCGUGACCAACACUAACUUUCUGAUCCGCGAGUUCGUGAACGGGUUCGUAACGUACGACGAAACCGGUACGCUGACCGUUUGGUUGAUCAAGGAGGACAGUCGGUGGAUUAGGGGACGGAUGACACCCGAGUUGGCGAUAUACAUGGAGAUUGAGCGGUUCGUUUCGAUGUUCGAUCUGUCGGCCGAGUUUCGGGAAGCGCUUCGCAAAGGACUCCGAGCGGAUGCGAUCACAAUGCACCAGAAUGCGGUCGUUCUACGAGCACCGGUUCUGGUCGAUCAAAAGCUCACCGUUGCCGUUCAUAUCCUUACGGUGGAUUUCACCGGAACGGCUCCGUACGUGUGCGAUAAGAAGGUGGCCAACAUACCGGUGGCCGAUUUCCGGACGUACGAGUACGAAAUGCGUACCAAGGAUGGUGAUCUGUUCAAGCUGGGCUACAAACCGCAGGGUCGAACGUUGCAACUCUCGGUGCGGUCUAGCAAGGGGCCACUCAUGCAUAGUCUGGAAGAGCAAAGAAAAAAAGCGUACCGUGAGAUCGAUGGUAGCCGUGAGAGUGACAGCUCGAAGAAGAAGUACCGCCAGGAUGUGGACAAAAGUUUGCAGGACGAAACGAACAAGAUCUAUCGUACGGUCGUGGAAAAGGUACAGUUCGCGAUGGAUCUGUCGCAGUUCGGUGUGCUGUCGAAUGUGAACGGUAUUUUGACGGCAAACACACAGCUAACCUUCGAUGGUGUGACCUGGGUGCAGAAGCGCGUCGGUGAGCAAACGAUGCGGCUGGAGCAUGUGAACGAGCUGCUGAGCGAUGGGUACAGGCUGGUACGGAACGGACGAUACGACACGUUCAAAAUCCAUGACGUCCGGCAGAACAGCACAAUCUUUGAUACGCAAACCACCAACCCGAACGAGCUACAGAUCGUGGCACCGCGUUAUGUCCAGGCGCAGCGUCGCCAACAACCGUUGCGAGUGUUUUUCUUCAAAAGCCGGGAAGUGUUUACGUUCCCAGCGAGGGAUAAACUGAACCGUGCCAGUAACAGCAUCGCACUGGUGAUGGUACGUACGCGGGGGGCUGCUAGUCGGUACGUUAUCUUCCGCCCGGUCGAUUCCUUUCUGCUGAAACAGACCACCGUCUUUAGCCGCCAGACGGUUCGGUUGAACGGGGAGGAAUCGCGCGUUACGAGCUAUCUUUUCGAUGCUGCCGAUGCGCACCUGUCGAGCGAAGGGGCCACCUUCCACCGGACGCGUAUUGUGCCCGGUGGGAACAGUACGCGGUUCGGGUGGCACGAGCAGAGCACCGACAUGAAGAGUGGCAAGACGACGGAGAAGUCCUUCUCCGGUGAUGGGCGUGAGGUGACGGUGCGCGAGAAGAAAACGACGAACGAAGAGUCAACGAACGCCAACAAGGACACCGUGAUCUGGGAUCGGAGCGGGCAGCUGAAGAUCGUCGAUCUCGGUCCCAUAUCGGUGGCCGAUCAGACCGUAGCGUACUACGGGUUCGAGCAGUAUGAGCUGAACCAGUACGGAAACCCUAAGGCAAACCUUAGCUGGGCGUUCAACGAGCGAGAUGUUUACUUUGAGCAUGAGAACCACUAUCUUAAGCUUCCGUACGGUCAAUCGUUGAAGGGUACGCUCCGGCCGAAGGAUCCGCUCAGCGUGUUUCUCGUUACGUGCUGGGUACGGGUUGCUGGUCAGCCGGUCGGCGACAGUAUCGACAUCGUGCGCGUGGACGUCAUCAACGAGGUGGACAAAUCGAAACAAAGCUUCUCGGGAGCGAAGGUACACUAUCCGAUCCAAAACUGGCACUACAUCGAGACGAUCAUCGAUACGACCAAGUAUGCCCCAGGGGCCAAGCUUCAGCUGCACAUCACCUUUCAGCCGACCGCCAGCUACAAGACGAUCGAUGUGGAUCAUAUUCGCUUUUCACCGCUAGACUUUAACUUCCGGGCCAACAUCUACACACCCGUGAUGGCGGAUCUACGUGCGGUGCUCAGUAACAAUGGGCUACCGAGGCAGAGUCUCUACAGUCCACGUAGUAAGCGUGUGCUGCUCCUGUCGGAGCAUGGCCAGAUUAUGGACUUUUCUAUGCACACGAAAAUAGUGGUCGCUGAAGCCCUGGGGGCGAUGCAGAGUCUGGUCGAGUUGAAACCACACCGAGGGGUGUACGAUUCAUUCCAGCAGAGUGACUGGACGACGAGCAAGCCUAAAGAUUGGACUUUCCGGCAUGGUGUGCUGAGCUACAAGAACGAUGCUGCUGGGGAGAUCGUGCGUACCUUUACCGGACCAUUCCGUACGCUUGCCCUCCGGUUUCUGUAC